GUACUUUAUAAUGAAAAGGAAGAAAUCAGCUCUGGUUUGAAGCCUGUGGAUGAUAACAAUCACGAUACAAUGAAAUCUAAACGAAGUCCUCGAAGAAGAAGCAAAACGCCAGAAAGAGGAGAAAAGUUUAAACGAAACGUUCAUUUCCAAGAUGAGGAAAAAUAUGAUGAGAAUAACGCAAGGGAAAGCAGCAAUUCAGAUGAAAGAAAUAGACAAGAUACAAGAGAAAUAGUGCAUCCUGAUGGAAAGGUGGAGAAAGUUAAUAGUGACGGCUCUCGUGUGAUCUCCUUUGCAAACGGGACAAGAAAAGACAUCAGUGUCGACGGCCAAACUGUCACUGUCACUUUCUUCAACGGAGAUGUCAAACAGAUCAUGCCGGACCAACGAGUGAUGUAUUAUUAUUCUGACGUUCAAACAACUCAUACUACUUAUCCAGACGGGCUGGAGGUUUUGCAGUUUCCCAGCAAACAAAUCGAGAAGCAUUAUCCCGAUGGGACUAAAGAAAUUAUCUUCCCAGAUCAGACGAUAAAGUAUUUGUACCCGAACGGAGCAGAGGAAUGUGUAUUUAGUGACGGUACUAUACAGAAAGUUAGCGUGGAUGGCGAACGAACCAUUGAAUUCGCAAAUGGACAAAGAGAGACACACACGAAAUUCUAUAAAAAAAGAGAAUACCCUGACGGGACAGUAAAGACGGUCUAUCCCGAUGGUCGCACAGAGACCCGUUACGCUACGGGACGGGUGCGGGUCAAAGAUCGAGAGGGUCGCAUCCUCGUCGAUGCUCCCCACCAAGACAGAUAACAGUAGCUUCAGCGGUUUGAGAGAAUACUCCUCGGAUUGUCAAAGAAAAUGGCCUGACUUACUUACGAGACAAAAGUAGAUAACGUACCGUAUUAAUACUGAAAUCUUGUGGGUCUUUAAGGUCGUGUUUUUGC